AUGAAUGGAUCAGGUCGUAUUUGGCGUGAACCGCAUCCGUACGGUUCAACAUUCCCAUUGCGACGGACACAGUCGUGUCAAUGGUUUGUUGACGGUCGAAAGUAUAUGGAACACGCCGCCAAUAUGAUGGAGUUAGCGCAAGAGGAGAUUUUUAUCGCAGAUUGGUGGUUGUCGCCUGAAAUUUACUUGAAGCGACCGCUGAUCGAAGGAAAUCGCUGGAGACUGGAUGAACUGUUGAGGGUAUGCAUAUCAUGGAUUGUUUUACUGACAUUCUUGUUUGAUCCUGUUAUUAUUCACUAUUACUAG